AUGAGUUUGAUCUCAAAUAUAAAUUCAGAUUAUGUAUCCGACAUUUUAGAUGAAAUUGCAUUAGAGGGUUUAGAUGGAAUCACAAUUGAAGCAUUGUGGAAAAGGCUGUCAGUGAGACCAAAUUUUUGUUUUAAAAUUGAUAAUGAUUCAAAAUGUUUUAUGUGGAAAAUUGUUAUUCAAUUAAAACCAAUUAAGUAUUAUGAAUUACCUGAGCCAAGAGCAUCAUUAAAACAUUAUGUAUGUUCUCCAGAUACAGAAAAUCAAGAAGCAAUUUUAGAAUUAGACAAUGUGUACCCAUACUGCAAAUUAAAAAAUGUUACCGAAGUAUUUGGAUCUUGUAAAUAUUAUUUUACAAGAAUUGACAUCACAGAUGAAGUUGUCAAGCUCAAAUUAAGCGAGGUAGAAGAAAAAUGGGGAAACAAAUUAGUUAUUGUUGCAUCACAAGAUAUAAGAACUUAUUCUCUAGUAGGAAAUUUAAGCACGUCUAAUAUUGACUUUUCCAAAUGUUCCAUUCAUUAUGACAUGCUAGAAAGAAUAGGAAGAAGUAGAUAUCUUGGAUUGGCUACUUGCGGCAAAGGUAGCAUUCAAUCUGUUGUAGAAGAUUGUAAAUCUAUUUUUCAUUAUUUAAAAUUUUUACAACAACAUAAACUUAUUAAAAAACAGUCUCUUUUCGGAAGUUUAAACGGAUCUGCGAAUGCGAUUAAAAUUCAUCUAAACAGAUUUUAUGAAUUGUGUUUAAAUGAUAAUUUGUCAAUUUUGAAAACUGCUAUAGAAGAAUUAAAAUUAAGACCACUUUGUGCAAUGCCCAGUGAUGAAUUUAAUGCUUUAUUCGACCAAAAACAAAAAGCAAGAUUAAAAAAGUUUAGAAAAACAGUCGUUUUUAGAAAAUAUAUUUCACUUACAUCCAUUAUUCCUUAUUGUAAACUUUUUCCAAAUUCUAGUCCGUCAGAUUCAGAAAAAAAAACAAAAAAUGAAGAAAAAAUGGUUAGGUGUGCUCAGUUAAUUAAUCCCAAUGUUCAAUUUGUUGAUAUAAUCGAAAGGGAAUGUGAAGUUGAUGAUGAAGAAUCUAAUUUUGGAAUUUUACCUAAAGGAAUUUAUUUUGAAAAUAUGCCUAUAACCGCUCAAGCUUUACAUCACAUUAAAAAUUCAGGAGCUUCCGGACUGUCACAUCAAGAUUUAGCUCAGAAAAUGGGUUUGACAAAACAUUUUAUUAGAGGGUUAAUAAAUAAGUUAUAUAGUGAAAAACAUAUACAAUUUUAUUUUGAAAAUGAUGGAAGAAAGAGAUCCAAGAGGUACAUAGUAGGAGAAAAUAUUCAAAAUAAAACGGUAGCUUCGGAAAUUGUUCAAAUAUUAUCCGAGCCGAUUUCAACAAAAAAUAUACCUGAUGCCAAAGAAAACGUUACCAAAAAUGAGGAUGAAAUUUCAAAGGAACCAAUUAGUAUACCUCAACUGAAAGAAGAAAAUAUGUCUUAUCGAAGCCUACGCAGAAUCGGAAUGAUUAUAAAAACAAUAAAGGCGCACAAAUAUAGAUUACUUCAUCAAAUUUUUAAGUAUGUUAAUCAAGAGGAAAUCGAGGAGGGCGUCACUACAAAAGUUGACAGGCACACAAUUAAAAGAAUGUUAAAAAAACUCGGGGAAGAUGGCCUUAUCAAAGUUAUCCCGUUAACGGAACAGGAUAAAACGGGACAAAUCAUUUAUCUUUACACAGAUCCAGCUUUUGAACCAGAUGAAAGUCAGCUGAAUAGUUUACGACAAAUACAUUCUUCGUUUAAUACAACCGAAUUGAAAAAAGUUGUCGAAGAGGAUUUUGGCGAUUUGGAAAACGCUUAUGCAAAAGUUUUAGCAGAGAAUUACACGGAAAUGAAAAAAAUGUUAAACGGCAUUGUAAGAAAAACUGACAAGCCUUUCCAAUCGAGCUUAAAACAAAGCGAAUUAUUAUAUUCUCCUAAGUUUAUUCGCUUAAGUAUAUUGCACGAUUUUAUUUUCCACCUGGUUUACGAUUACACGGGAAUAUCGGAUAAAUCUCAAGAAGAAAUGAUUGAAGAAUUAAGUAAAACAACUGCUAUAGAUGAUGAAUUAAAAAAUGAAAUUUCUCAACUGUACGGAACUCAAUUAUCAACUUACAUGUUUGUACCACCGAUAAAUAAAAUAGAUAAAAUGGAUGGAUGGUUUUUACUAUCAGAUGUUUUGACACGAUUACCUUUAUCUAUAAUUGUGAAAGCGGUCAAAGUUAGCGAAACAUGUCCAGAGUUAUGGAAGUACCUACAUCAUCCAGUUCGAAAGCAUUUUUUAAUAAAAAAUCUUCCUUUGUCAGUAAGGCAAAUUUUUUUUGAUAGAAAAUAUCAGUUGAGUACCAUUUAUAAUGACUUUAGGAGGCUUUGUUUUAUAGGUUUAAUUCAGUUCGGAAUUAAAUUCGGCCGUGAACAGCAUCAAACUCUUGCUUAUUUAAAUCGUAAAGCUUCAUUAUUAGAUACCAGUACAUCACCUGCAGAGUAUUAUCAAGUACCUUCAGACAUGACUUUCGAUGUCAAAUCGUAUUAUUUUGAAACCAAAGCGGAUGUAAAAAAAUAUUGGAUGGAUAUGUUUAACAUAUGCAUAGCAACAAAUCUCGGAUGUAAAACGAAUGUUAUCGGAAAAGAAAUUUUCAUGGAACGUGAAUCGGCAAAGGAAUCCUACAAGAAAGCCAUAGAACCUAAAUCUGUUGCUAAAGUCAUGGAGAAUGAUAACGGAAUCAUUCCCGGUGAUAAUUUAGGAGCGGCAGGAUUGGAUUCGGGCAUGUUUUCAUUUUUAAGAAGCAAUUGGAGUGGUCCUGUUAAAAAACCCGUGGAUGAAAUGAUAAAAACAAAAGUGUUAAAAAUGCCCAUUCAGAGAAUAAAAAAAGAACAAAUAAUGAACAAUAUAUACAAUAAGUCAAAAAGCUGCAGGAAAAAAGUUUUGUCGAAAGUUGAAACGUUUAAUUCUGUCGUGCCGAAUAAUGAGAAACCGAUGAGAAGUCGAAUUAGAAAAAUAAAAGAAAGGGAAUGCAAGGUAAAGCGAAAAAGAAAUAUAUCUUACGAUGAAAUCGAUUUGGAAGCUUUGAGACUCAUGAGCACUCUUCGAGUGACUUGGUCCACGGCCGAAGAUAAUUUUCUUCUCAUAUGUAGAGUUGCUAUGAUGUUUCUCUGUCCCAACUCGCGCAUGUUUGUACGCAUACCGUGGGUGGAAGUUCGAAAAGUUUUGCAAGAAAACUUUGCAGAGUCGCGUAAUAAAACGCAAAAGGCCGUUGCUAGAAGAAUUAUAUACAUGAUGAAAAAUCCCACGACUCUUCGUAGCGUCAAUCUAUGCUUGGAAGAAUUAAAACAAAUGCCCGAGGCUACAACUAAAUUUGAUUGUUCGCAAUUAUUAAACAGCAUAAAACCAUCGCAUCCGCAAUUGGUGGAAUUACAAAACCAGUUGUACGAAAAAUUUCGCGAAUUAGUUCUUUUUCUCAAGGAUAGAUUUAUCGAUUGCAAGAAUUUCAACGGUAAAAAGAAAAAUACGGAAAUCAUUCCGGAUACCAUUCGAGAAUUUUUCGAUAAAUAUCAAUUGGAAAUCCCCGAGGAACAUCCGAUUACCGUAAAAAGCAUCAGGGAAAAUGUAAUACGUGCCGUGUUAAUGAGUAGUUUAUCUUGUCGAGCUGAUAAGACAUCGUCAGCACUUCAGCUUUUUGACAUAUAUCGACAGUACAACGAUGAUGAACUGCACAAAGCCAUAAGGAAAUUGCAAAGGGAUAAAGUAAUUACGGUUAGCAAAAAAGCAGGGAACGCCAUUUUUAAAGAAGGAAAAAUGUUACCGUUGUCUUUUUCACCUUACAAAUUAUCUUUCGCGUUCCAACACAUGCUGAAUAUGAAAUACGGUCAUGGAAUUUACUCGGAGUCUUUUUUGCAAAUCGAUAAACUUCUCAACACGGAAGAAGAAUCCGAAUUCGAAGUGGAUUUGAACGAGUGUAACGUAACAUUAUUUUUACUCGCCAGUCGAGAAUUAGUUUUUUUCCAGACGAUUCUUCCAGAACAAAUCGUAGUAUUGGAUCCCGGACAUUUUUCCGAUGCGACGUAUUCGAAAAUACUCGAAAGAUAUUGUGAAAUGCUUCGUUACAGCGGUCCGAAUUUAAAAUUCGUUUGUUCUUCCGGUAAAAUAUUAUCAAAGCCAAGCGGUGGUGAAGAAGACGUGGUAAAAGUCGACGAAAAAAAAAAGAAAAGAAUUCAUGAAAAUUUAGAUUCUAAUGUUGUAAAUUCGAAAAAAAUCAAAUUGGAAAAUUCUACAGACGAUGACGAAGAAGAAGAGAAGGAGGAGGAGGAGGAAGAAGAAGUGGAAGAGGAAGUGGAAGAAAAGGGAGAAGGGAUCGUGGGAGAAGAAGGGGACGAAGGGGAAGAACGUAAAAAUUGUGAUAAUACGACGAAUAACGACGAUAUGGCUAUUGAAAAAAAAAGUGAAAAGAAACAAGUGGGGAGCAGUGAAAAAACGACCAGAUCUUCCAGAGUGAUUUUGUACAUGAUGAGAGAAGAAGCGAAAAAAGAAGCCAAUAACGAUUCCAGUAGAUUCGCAUACGAAUUUUGCGUCGUGAACGCAUCGAAAAUUUUGAUGAAAAACGAAAUAGAAAACGUUCAAAAAACGUUGGAUUUUAUUUGUUCGAAAAAAGAACAUGGAGUGACAAAUGGAGAAUUGAAAACGAAUUGCAAAAGCGACAUUUUACCCGAGAUCGUGGGAUAUUUACUAAACGAAAAAGUCAUUAUAAAAUCGGGGAUUUCGGAAACGAGAUACGUAUCUCAAAAAUAUUGUUCUCCCUGGUUAUUGAAUUCGUUUAAAAUGAAAAGGCUUGAAAAAGAAAAAGUUAAACCGAGUGAAAUCAAUGCGAUCGUCCUCGACGAUCCCUUGAACAAGAAUCAAAAUGGCGACGACGAAGGACGAGCACCAACGAAAAAAAUGAAAACCGUCAUCAGCUUACAAAAAAUUAAAAGCGACGAAUAUACUUCUUCUCACGCAUGCUCAAACGACAUUAAUAAUAAAAUUAAAAUUAUAAUUAAACCGUGGAUAAGGAUAGACGGAUCUUUAAAUAGAAAAGUAUUGGAUAGAUUUUUAGGUGCCGUUUUGUCAUUUAUCAUGUCCAAUCCUGGAAUUUCGAUAAAGGCGAUCAUGGAUAAAUUUUCUCCGUCGAUAACGCCCGUCUGGACAAAAGAUCUCGUGGAAAUUCUAUUGGAAAUCGGUUGCGUUACACUCACGAGUCUCAUAGUCAAAGAAAAAGCUAGUCUUUUUUCAAAAUCUGUUAUUUUAGUAUCAGAUUCUUACACCGGACUCGAAGAUGACGAUUUGGUUGCCGUCGAAGCCAAAGUUGACGCCAUUACUUCCUUAGGUUUAUUUAUUGGGAAAAAAAAUUACGCGAAAGAUUUUCUCGUAGAUUGA